AUGCCUACAAAAUCAUACACAGGCAGCUACACCGGCAGUGGCAGCGGCACCAAAAGGUCACGACCUCUACGACGCUCCCUGGGUGGCGGCGAAGCGCGGACAAGGCCCCGACUUCUGGACCGUCCAUGGAUGUCACGGCUAAUGGUGGCCUCGCUGCUGGGUCUGCUGAUUUUCAGCAUCAUGGGCUUUAUUGUCAGCUGCAUCGUGCUGAGCGGACUCGCAGGACUCCCGGAGCUGUGCUUGGCGCAGGCGUUUCUGUUCUUUGCGUGUUGCCUGUCACUCAUCUACCUCGCCCUUCAUCUAAUCGCAGCGACGAGGAACUUGCCUGUCGAUAGGCAGAGGGCACUACAGCACCCAUUACAGUCGUGGGCGACGGUUGUAGCGAGUAUAGCCCUGGUAUUUUGGGUGCUAUCAGUCAUUGCAGUGCCGGCUUCUUUUGUGAAGGUUGAUAAAAAGAUGGUCGACUUACGGCCAGGCCAUGUUGAUAUUGUGGUUUGUGUUUUUGGACUUAUCUCUAUAAGCAUCGUCACAGUCGUCAUCGAAUACUCGGAAGCCCCUUUUACACUACCUCGCAUCACGCCAGAGCAUAUAACCUGCCGCUUGAGUUCUCUGGGUGUCGACGAAGAGGCAUUCGUGAGCGUUUCUCGACAGUGCUCAGCCGGAAUGGUGUCUGAGAAGCCCAAGACAAUAAAUGAGUGUGACUAUUCUCAGCAUCCGACGGCACAAGAACGGAUACAAAAGGCCGUCUUUGAGAGGCAGACAAAACUUGCGAAACCAGUCCCAACAGGGAAACAGACAAGCAGGGUCGUUUCGUCACCUCUAGGGCCAAGACCAAUGCAAAGUACAAUACCAGAGGGCAGAGAGCCACAACCGUUUAGACCAGGAUCUACAAAGCCGCUCAGAAGGCCUGUUCCACAAGUCAUCCUACCACAAGAGCCAAGGCCCACUCACGUCGGUGUUCAAGCAGAAGGGUGGAAGACGCAGUGGAGCGAACUCAAAAGCGAAGCCGGCAUCACAUCAGAAGGUAGCACGCCUACAAUCACUCCAGCGACGAGCAUAUCGACCAGCCAAUACUCUCACACAAGGCGACCUCCAUCUAGGGAUGUGAGACGACAGCAGAACGAUAGGAUUUCUCUCCGAGUACCACCACCUAUGCCGAGAAGCCAACCGGUCAGGGAUUCAAGGUACGUUGGUCAGCAGGGGAGGGCGUUAUAUCCGCCAAGGCCACCUGGGGGAUUCGUUGAUAGGACGAUACCGGUGCGCGCGCAUCAAAGUAUGUUGCCUGAUGUGCAAAGGAUGCCAGGGCCGAUGACAGCACGGAUAGACCAUAGGCCGAGGGUGAUGCCGACUGGUGCAGUCCAGGCUGGAUAUAACGGGCGGGAGGUUGAGCAGGCGGCUAGACGGCAGAGGGUUGAAGAUUUUGCUAUUGGGAGAGAGAGGUUGGAUAAUGAUAUGUCUGGUAAGAGUAGGAGGCAGACUAGCAAUCCUCGAGUGCCGGGUAGUUGGGACUGA